UCGUGCAUCCCUAAUUUUAUAUUAAAAAUAGUCCAUCAAGACGUAAAAAUAAGUAUAAAAAUUUGCUAAAGAUGGAAGUUAAUAUUGCUCAAUCUUCUGUUGAUGACUUAGAGAAAGAACUUAGCUCUGCCAAACGAUCAUUAAUCACACUAAACGACAAUAUCCGACGACUUGUUGGUAGAGGGCUUAAGGAAUCGAGAUUGGAAAAGUAUAAUGCCGAUAUCUUAAGUAAAAGAAAUGAGCUAAAUCAAAGCAAAAACAUCCAACGCUACGACCUUUUAAAGCAAAAGCGCCGUAUGCAUGACGACAAAAUUGUAUUUAAUCGGCUUUCAGACGACGAAUUAUGGAUGCCAGCACCGCGACUAAACUCGCGUGUUAUUCGAGAAUUGCCUUCGAGGGAAGAAGUUGUUGUAGCUCAAGGAAUAGAUUCUGAAUCGAGAGCUCGCAAUCGGCGCAUGUUUGGGUCCCUUUUGGGAACAUUACAAAAAUUCUGCCAAGAAGAGUCUCGGCUAAGAAAAAAUGAGGACAAAAAAGCGCUAAUAGAAAAAAAAUUAGAAAACCAAGAACUGAAAGAAAGAGCAUUACUACAAAAAGAACGUGAUUCACUAUUCUCAGAUAGAAAGCUUAAACAACUUGAAAUUAUAUGUCUUGAGAAAAAAAUGGCACGCCUUAAAGACUUUAAGGCUUGGGAAUCCUCGAUAAUUUAUUACCAAAAUCAUAUACGCACAAAAACAAAACCACAUUUAUUUUUCCAACCUCGAAUGCAUACGGUACAGACAGAAAAGCUGUUAAUUCAAAGUAAAUUCGAGUUAGAUCACUUAUUAGAACAGCGCCGCGAACACUUACAUGAUGAACUCCGGAAAAUUGACUGUUCAAAAAACAUAGAUGACGACUGUUUAAUGAACAGAAAACACAUCUGUUACAAUAAAACCGAAGAACAUACGCAGAGCAACAUUCCAGGAAUGCGUGACAACACUGAAAAACAAGACUUUCCAAAUGUGCCGAUUGAGGAUAAUCCAUUAACGAGUUAUAAUUUGGUUAUCCAAAAAGCAUGAAGCUGUGUAUUCGUACAAUAUUAUUUUCAAUGCUAAAAAUA